CGCCGGCCGCGGGGCUCUUGCGGCCCCGCCAGGAGCCCGGGGGCGGCGGGCCGGAGCAGGGGACGGGGGCGCCCGCCCGCCCGCACAAGCCACGGCGGACUCUCCAGAGGCGGAACCGCAGCGCCGAGUGAGAGUCAGCUUGAGAAGGAGAAUCAGGCUCAGGGCAGAGUCUCCAUGGAGGUGUGGAGCCUUAUCGCCAACCUCUAACUGCAGAACUGGGAUGUGGAGCUGGAAGUGCCUCCUCUUCUGGGCUGUGCUGGUCACAGCCACACUCUGCACGGCCAGGCCGGCCCCGACCUCGCCUGAGCAAGCAGCCCAGCCCUGGGGAGCCCCUGUGGAAGUGGAGUCCUUCCUGGUCCACCCUGGUGACCUGCUGCAGCUUCGCUGUCGGCUGCGGGACGAUGUCCAGAGCAUCAACUGGCUGCGGGACGGGGUGCAGCUGGUGGAAAGCAACCGUACCCGCAUCACAGGGGAGGAGGUGGAGGUGCGGGAUUCUGUUCCCGCGGACUCCGGCCUCUACGCUUGCGUGACCAGCAGCCCCUCGGGCAGCGACACCACCUACUUCUCCGUCAAUGUCUCAGAUGCUCUCCCCUCCUCGGAGGACGACGAUGACGAUGAUGACUCCUCUUCAGAGGAGAAAGAGACAGAUAACACCAAACCAAACCGUAUGCCCGUGGCUCCAUACUGGACGUCCCCAGAAAAGAUGGAGAAGAAACUGCACGCAGUGCCUGCUGCCAAGACAGUGAAGUUCAAGUGCCCCUCCAGUGGGACUCCUAACCCCACGCUGCGCUGGUUGAAAAACGGCAAAGAGUUCAAGCCCGACCACAGGAUUGGAGGCUACAAGGUCCGUUAUGCCACCUGGAGCAUCAUAAUGGACUCCGUGGUGCCUUCUGAUAAGGGCAACUACACCUGCAUCGUGGAAAACGAGUACGGCAGCAUUAACCACACCUACCAGCUGGAUGUCGUGGAACGGUCCCCUCACCGGCCCAUCCUGCAGGCAGGGUUGCCUGCCAACAAGACAGUGGCCCUGGGCAGCAAUGUGGAGUUCAUGUGCAAGGUGUACAGUGACCCGCAGCCCCACAUCCAGUGGCUGAAGCACAUCGAGGUGAACGGGAGUAAGAUUGGUCCGGACAACCUGCCGUAUGUCCAGAUCCUGAAGACGGCCGGAGUUAAUACCACCGACAAAGAGAUGGAAGUGCUUCACUUAAGGAAUGUCUCCUUUGAGGACGCGGGGGAGUAUACGUGCUUGGCGGGUAACUCUAUCGGACUCUCCCAUCACUCUGCAUGGUUGACCGUUCUGGAAGCCCUGGAAGAGAGACCCGCAGUGAUGACCUCCCCGCUGUACCUGGAGAUCAUCAUCUACUGCACGGGGGCCUUCCUCAUCUCCUGCAUGGUGGGGUCCGUCAUCAUCUACAAGAUGAAGAGUGGCACCAAGAAGAGCGACUUCCACAGCCAGAUGGCCGUGCACAAGCUGGCCAAGAGCAUCCCUCUGCGCAGACAGGUAACAGUGUCGGCGGACUCCAGCGCGUCCAUGAACUCGGGGGUUCUGCUCGUUCGGCCCUCACGUCUCUCCUCCAGCGGGACCCCCAUGCUGGCUGGGGUCUCGGAAUAUGAGCUUCCCGAAGACCCUCGCUGGGAGCUGCCCCGAGACAGACUGGUUUUAGGCAAACCCCUGGGAGAGGGCUGCUUUGGGCAGGUCGUGCUGGCAGAGGCCAUUGGCCUGGACAAGGACAAACCCAACCGUGUGACCAAAGUGGCUGUGAAGAUGCUGAAGUCGGAUGCGACAGAGAAAGACCUGUCGGACCUGAUCUCAGAAAUGGAGAUGAUGAAGAUGAUCGGGAAGCACAAGAACAUCAUCAACCUGCUGGGGGCUUGCACGCAGGACGGCCCUCUGUACGUCAUCGUGGAGUACGCCUCCAAGGGCAACCUACGGGAGUACCUGCAGGCCCGGAGGCCUCCUGGGCUGGAGUACUGCUACAACCCCAGCCACAACCCGGAGGAGCAGCUCUCCUCCAAGGACCUGGUGUCGUGCGCCUAUCAGGUGGCCCGAGGCAUGGAGUAUCUCGCCUCCAAGAAGUGCAUACACCGGGACCUGGCCGCCAGGAACGUCCUGGUGACGGAGGACAACGUGAUGAAGAUCGCAGACUUCGGCCUGGCCCGGGACAUCCACCACAUCGACUACUACAAAAAGACGACCAACGGCCGACUGCCGGUGAAGUGGAUGGCACCCGAGGCCCUGUUCGACCGGAUCUACACCCACCAGAGUGACGUGUGGUCUUUUGGGGUGCUCCUGUGGGAAAUCUUCACUCUGGGAGGCUCCCCAUAUCCUGGCGUGCCUGUGGAGGAGCUUUUUAAGCUGCUGAAGGAGGGCCAUCGCAUGGACAAGCCCAGCAACUGCACCAACGAGCUGUACAUGAUGAUGCGGGACUGUUGGCACGCAGUGCCCUCUCAGAGACCUACCUUCAAGCAGUUAGUGGAAGACCUGGACCGCAUCGUGGCCUUGACCUCCAACCAGGAGUACCUGGACCUGUCGAUGCCCCUGGACCAGUACUCCCCCAGUUUUCCUGACACCCGAAGCUCUACCUGCUCCUCAGGGGAGGAUUCUGUCUUCUCUCACGAGCCGCUGCCUGAGGAGCCCUGUCUGCCCCGACACCCAGCCCAGCUUGCCAAUGGCGGACUCAAACGACGCUGACUAGCACCCCAGCACUGCCCCUCCCCGAACUUCAUCCUCCGCUGCAUCCCUCACCCACUGCCCCCUGCUGGACUCACUGCCUUCCCCCCACUGAGCUCACCCCUCCUCCUCCUCUCAACCUGCUUACGAGAGAGAGGAGCGGAGAGGCAGGUACUUGUUGGUGGCCACUCCGCUCCCUCCCAGACGUGGGACCAAGACCGCUCCCCGCCGCCUGGCCCUGCCUGCAGGGUUAGAGAGUGGGAGGUGAGGCACGCCCACGGCACUGAGCAGGCGCGCACUCACGUGAGAGCUGACUGAGCUUUCUCAGGUGGGCUUUGCCUGCUCCACCAUUCCCCGUAAGCCCUUGAGUUCUGACGGCAGGUGCCUCGUCCUCGUGGCCACGGUAGUAGGGAGGGCAAGUCAGUGCUUCGGGCCUCGGUGGACGGCGACCUCUGCUCCAGAGAUACGGUGGUGCCAGUGGCUUGUUAAUUCUGAUACUAAUUUGCUUUGCUGACCAAAUGCCUGGCACCAGAAGGCGGGGAGGCAAAGGCUGGGAGCAGUGUCUCGGCCCUGGGGCCCAGCCCCGAACUGGGGGCUUUGUACAUAGCUAUGAAGAAAACACAAAGUGUAUAAAUCUGAGUAUAUAUUUACAUGUCUUUUUAAAAGGGUCGUUACCAGAGAUUUACCCAUUGGGUAAGAUGCUCCUGGUGGCUGGGAGGCAUCAGUUGCUAUAUAUUAAAAACAAAGAAAAAAGAAAAAAAAAGGAAAAUGUUUUUAAAAAGGUCAUAUAUUUUUUGCUACUUUUGCUGUUUUAUUUUUUUAAAUUAUGUUCUAAACCUAUUUUCAGUUUAGGUCCCUCAAAUAAAAAUUGCUGCUGCUUCAUUUUUA